GAAAUGAGCGAUCAGUCUGGAAAAACACAGUACUACUACUGUACUACACAGCACUAAGAUAUGCUGAACCCCGACUAUAGUUUCCUGGUGUGACGACAUGGUCUGUAGUGUGUCGAUAGAAGUGUCUAGAUGUUGCGUUCAGGUAAGUGCACCUGCGGCCGUGAAAUACAACUAUCAACGUCAACCAGACGGUAAACACUGUCAAAUAGAGUGAAAAGAUCCUGAAAUAGAGGCUACAAUAAGAUUUAAACGAGUUACAGUACCUAGAAAACAAUAGAUACUUAACAAUGUAGCUUAUUGUCUGAAAUGACUUAGUUUUCUUGUUUUAUAUUGUUUUGUUUUGACAUUGUGUUCUUUUACAUCGUGUUUGCUUCUUUUUUUUUUGUCGUUUGUUUUUAUGUUUAAAAGUUCCAUGCCAAGAAAUGGGCUUUGCCUGAAUGGCUAAUUUCAAUUCAUCAAAUCUUUUAGCUGUAAUUGCCUGGACAGUACAUUUAGAAGACCUGGAACGCAGCAAGAGUCCGGUUUCUGCUAGCGUUCCACUCCGGUUCUUAUCCCCAGCCGGACUCCAUGUUGUUCCGACAGCCACGGAGCGAGCAAGUGCUCCGGCCCAAAACUCUCACGUUGCAUCUCUGCGUGUGCGAGAAGUGAAGUGUGUGCGCGCGCGUGUGAGUGUUGACCCUCUGAAAGAAGAUGGCAGACUACCGGGACGACACCGGAGCACGAGCCCUACUAGCUUUGCAGUCGGCCCCGUGCAGCCCCGUGCGGGUCGCGGUGACCUCACACGCGUACCACCAGCCCUCGCUCGCCCUCCUGGGUCCUCCGUUGAUGGACGCCCGCAACGACGCCGGGAUUCUUCCCGUGCGGCUCGCCUCUUCCCCUCCGCAGGCCCUGGCCCGACUCGAGGGCCGAGACUUCGAGUUUGUCAUGCGCCAGAGGACGGUCACCAUAGGCCGGAACUCGUCCCACGGCCCCGUUGAUAUCAACAUGGGUCACUCGAGCUUCAUUUCACGGCGACACCUGCAGAUCAGCUACGACGAAGCGAACGGCUUCAGCCUGCGGUGCCUGGGCAAAAACGGCGUGUUCGUUGACGGAGUGUUCCAGCGAAGAGGGGCGCCGCCGCUUCCGCUACCCCGAGAAUGUAUGUUUCGUUUUCCCAGUACGGUUAUCAAGAUCCAGUUUAUGUCACUUCUGGAGACUGAAGAACACAGAGAGAAGGAGCAGGCCUCUCCUCCCCCUCGGCCUCUUCUGCCCCACAUUUCCCCUCUGAAAAUCAGCAUUCCCACAAUGCAGCAGCAUGAGGAGCACAUCAGGGCAUUUGGCUCUCCGCUGCCAUCACCCACAGGUACCAUCAGUGUUCCCAACUCUUGUCCAGCAAGUCCGCGUGGGGCAGGGUCAUCAGGGUAUCGUUACGGACGAAACGUGACCUCGGACCUUCAGUUGGCAGCUGAAUAUGCUGCCAAGGCCGUUUCUGAGCAGAGACGGAGCAUCGCUGAGCAGAGAAGCGGGGGAAGCGAGCAGCGGGCCGAGUCAGCUGGUGGAGACAGCCCAAAGGAUGAAUCCAAACCACCAUAUUCCUAUGCACAGCUGAUUGUUCAGGCCAUCUCUUCUGCCCCUGAAAAACAGCUGACCCUCAGUGGCAUCUAUGCCCACAUAACUAAACACUACCCAUACUAUCGUACUGCAGACAAGGGCUGGCAGAAUUCAAUCAGACACAACCUGUCUCUCAAUCGCUACUUUGUGAAAGUGGCCCGCUCUCAGGAUGAACCUGGGAAAGGCAGCUUUUGGCGCGUGGAUUCGGCCUCUGAAAGCAAGCUGGUGGAGCAAGCUUUCAGGAAACGCCGGCAAAGAGGCGUGGCUUGCUUUAGGACGCCAUUUGGACCACUCUCUUCUAGGAGCGCCCCGGCUUCUCCGACCCAUCAGGGCCUUCUUUCCCCUCCAUCGAGCGGUCUGCAGACUCCUGAAUGUCUGAGCAGGGAGGGCUCCCCUAUCCCCCACGACCAUCACGAACAGCUGGCGAACAAACUGGCUUCUGUACCUGAGUAUAGAUACUCUCAGAGUGCUCCAGGAUCUCCAGUCAGUGCUCAGCCUGUCAUCAUGGCGGCACCCUCUCACCCAACAGUGUCAGUCCCAGGGAAAACCCUAGCUUUGCUUCCAGGUGGUGGCGGUCAAGUCCAGCCCAUACACAUGCUCCAGAACCCCUCCCCGGGCUCUGUCACCAUGGUGCGGGUGGUGACCAGUGCCCCUUUCUCUUCCAACCCACCAAAUGGGUACAGCACCACUUCUGUUGGAGGAGCAGAGGGCAGCAGUGACAUUAGAGAAGCCCAGUUGACCAGAGAGCGGGUAAUCCAGUCUGUGGACAGCGUGGUGCAGGGUGGGGACGGCCGGAACCUGGCUCUAGGUUUACACCAGCUUCCUGUUCGCCCUGUUACCCAGAAUGGCAAACACAUUACAGCUGCUGUCGCCUCUGGAGCCAGCCUUGCAAAUUCAUCUGGCCUGAGCAGUCCUCUUCAGAUCCUGGCUGCCCAGGCUUCCAGUUCUCCUCCAGUGCUGGUGAGCAGACAGCCUGUUGGAGAGACUUUAACGGCGCAGCCAGGCGAGCCCCAGGCCAAAAGGCCAAAGAUGGAUGACGAAGGCGGAACUGAACCUGUACAGCAUCAAGUCACACCUGCCCAGCAGCCCGUCAUCGUUGCCAUGGCAUCACAAACACAAGACCCUAGGAAGUGAAACCCAGGUAUCCAAAGGAGAGCCUCCUUGUCGUUCCCUAACAGCUCCGUCUUUUCUACUCAUUUGAUGACCGCAGCCGACAUGGCAAAAAAAUGUACAGGCAGCCUCUUAACACAAGGGAAUCAAAAUAAAAAAUACAUAUAUUUUGGACAAAAUGGAUGAGAUUUUUCAAAUACAUUCUGAAUUUAAAAGCAAAUAAGCAUUUUUACCUUUUAAAGAAAAUGAAUAAACUAUUCACUGACAACAAACACGUAGGCUUAUGAGAGCAUUAUGCAUAUUAAAAUGGAGGAAGUGUUGCACACAACCUUUCCUCAGACACACGGUUUACUGUGUCUCAGGCCAAAGAUCUUCUCUCCUGCACUUUUGCUACUGCCUCAUUUUCAACCAGUGAAUGUGUUCAGAAAUUUGAAUGUCCUGCAGUUAUAAAAGAAACGAAUGUUCAGAGUUGAUAUAUUGUUAAUGGAAAGGUCGAUGGGACUUAACUGCUGACCAGGUUGAUGAAAGCCUGUUAAAAACGCUUCAUAAGUCAGUUCUUCACAAAAUGGAACCGGCUGUUCCUCUAAAGCAAAAAUAUUUAUAAUAACGCCUAGAUCAGAAUGUGAGGUGUCUCUUGUUGGUGUCUGUAAAGGAGAAAAAAGAAAGAAGUUGUUUCUGAAGAAGAGAUUGGAUGAUUUCCAGGAAUAACAACCCAGGACCUUGCAGUUCUCGCUUCACUUCAACUGAGUUUGGUUUAUCAGCGUGAAGCUUCUCAGAUUUAAGCCGACCUGAGUGUUUGGAUAGCGAAGCUGAAGCCGAGAAGGGCAAGAAAGGGGCAACUAUUUGAAGUUGAUUGAAGUGGAGCUAACCUAAUGUAGACAAACUGAUUGUUUUAAAUGUCUCUUUUUCUUUUUUUUUUAAGUUUCAGUAGUGGUAAAAGCGAAAUGGAAACAGCCUGUGCGUAAGUUUUGUUUGUUAGCCCGUAACAGCGAAGCAUUAUUGUAAUAAUCCUUAAAGCCUUAAAAAUUCUACAUUUGUCAUUUUAUUUUAACCUGUAGACAGCUUUAACCUUUUAGAUUAGCACAGUGCUUCUUUAACACUGCAUGAUCAGCAACACUACAGUAGUGACAGUUGAGCUGCAUCAGUAAACGUCAGUUUUUUCAGGGGAAGGGCGGGACCAACACAUGACCACAAAUAUCAACUGCUUGUCCGAAUGUACCUUUGACGUCUUUUCUACUCUUGGCCCGUCUGUCUUUGCUUUCAGGUUCCCUUUUCUACCUCUCCCUUUUCUCAGUAACCAGGCUAUUGCGGCAGUCCGUGCAGAUUGCAGAUGCACUAAACAGUUGGCAAUUCCUGCCUGAAUUGGAAAUCCUUCAGCACUUUCUCCCCCCGUCUUCUCUCUCUGAUUCUGCCUUUAGCGUUCCUGAAUGUCACUGCACAGGCCUCGUUUUCAGCUGGCAACCAGGCUCAGUUUGCGCAAGAUUUCAGUGAUUGUUGCACAAUAUUAGAAAAGACAAAAAGAUGGGUAAUGAUUGUUUGCUGCUCUAUCUGCUAAAUGACAAAGCUAUUUAGAAGGUAUUUUUUCUCACUUUGGAAAAACAAAUAUUUUGCUACAUGUAAAAACAGCUGUCAUACGUAAACAUUCUGGAAAUAGAGAAGUAUGUAUUUUUAAAUGUUCCAGUUUUUGUGAUUUCUUAAAAUGUGUAGCACAGAUUAAAAUUUCUCAUUGACAUACA